AUGCGACCAGCCCGAGACAACGCAUCAGGUGCGAGUAGCCUGCAGGUUCUCGCUGAUUUGGCGCUGAGCACUUCGGCAAGACUGCGACCCACUGGCCCAGCGGCCCCCAGGCCCCCAAGCGCCCCUCCGACGGAGUCCCCAGGCCUUUUCACCGUGGCCGCUCCAGCCCCGGGAGCGCCUUCUCCUCCCGCCACCCUGGCGCACCUUCUUCCCGCCCAGGCCAUGUACAGCCUGCUGGAGACUGAACUCAAGAACCCCGCGGGGCCACCCACCCCAGCUGCAGGCGCGGGCGGCCCCGCAGCCCCGGGCGGUGCAGGCAAGAGUACCGCGAACGCAGGCGGCGGCGCGAACGCAGGCGGCGGCAGCGGCGGUGGCGCGAGCGGCGGCGGCGGCGGCGGCGGCGGGGGCAGUGACCAGGACCGGGUGAAGCGGCCCAUGAACGCCUUCAUGGUGUGGUCCCGCGGGCAGCGGCGCAAGAUGGCUCUGGAGAACCCCAAGAUGCACAACUCUGAGAUCAGCAAGCGCUUGGGCGCCGACUGGAAACUGCUGACCGAUGCCGAGAAGCGGCCGUUCAUCGACGAGGCCAAGCGGCUGCGCGCCGUCCACAUGAAAGAAUACCCGGACUACAAGUACCGGCCGCGCCGCAAGACCAAGACGCUGCUCAAGAAGGACAAGUACUCCCUGCCCGGCGGCCUGCUGCCCCCCGGAGCCGCGGCCGCGGCCGCCGCCGCGGCCGCCGCCGCCGCCGCUAGCAGCCCGGUGGGCGUGGGCCAGCGCCUGGACACGUACACACACGUGAACGGCUGGGCCAACGGCGCGUACUCGCUGGUGCAGGAGCAGCUGGGCUACGCGCAGCCCGCAACCAUGAGCAGCCCGCCGCCGCCGCCCGCGCUGCCGCAGAUGCACCGCUACGACAUGGCCGGCCUGCAGUACAGCCCCAUGAUGCCGCCCGGCGCCCAGAGCUACAUGAACGCCGCCGCCGCCGCGGCUGCCGCCUCGGGCUACGGGGGCAUGGCGCCCUCCGCCGCCGCCGCCGCCGCCGCCGCCUACGGGCAGCAGCCAGCCACGGCCGCCGCCGCCGCGGCCGCCGCCGCCAUGAGCCUGGGCCCCAUGGGCACGGUGGUGAAGACCGAGCCCAGCUCGCCGCCGCCCGCCAUCGCGUCGCACUCGCAGCGCGCGUGCCUCGGCGACCUGCGCGACAUGAUCAGCAUGUACCUGCCGCCCGGCGGGGACGCGGCUGACGCCGCCUCGCCGCUGCCGGGCGGCCGCCUGCACAGCGUGCACCAGCACUACCAGGGCGCCGGGACUGCCGUCAACGGAACGGUGCCGCUGACCCACAUCUGA